AUGGAGGCGAAAGGCAGACGCCUCGCAAUCUUUUCGACAGAUCUAGGCAAAUCUCCGCCGCGCGAAGUCCAAGGACCACCCUACCCACCCGUUAUCGCUCGCAGCGCAGAAGUCUACGACGUCCGACAGUUCGCCAACAAGCUAUGGAAGCAAUAUCCGGAGCAAUGUCGCGAGAUCUAUCAUGAGUACGCAGUGCCCGACUACUUCGACAACGCCGACGUCCACCUUCACUCACACCUGUUCCUUUGGAAGGUUCUCCAUCAUAUCGCAGCAUGGAACCUGUCGAGGGUCCAACACUUUGUCGUCGAUUGGUGUAUGAACAACCGCGAGCGCCUGCCAAAGUUAUGGCGGACGCCUGACGUCCGUUCCAUAUUCAGCAAGGAAGACGUUGAGCAUCUGGGCACACCUUUUCUUGAGCGGGGCUUGAUGCAGAUACGGUUCGCAUUGGAGCAGUUGGCGCGCGAACAGCAGGAACAUUUCAAACCCAACAACGCGCGCCUAGCUCCUCGACACGCGCCACAUGAGCCACUGGUCGUUGGCAAGCAGCGGAUGAAGCGGGAAACGGGCCCGCCUCCACAACCAUCGGCCCUGGGGGGAAUCCCAGUCCAGUCGAAGCCGCAGCCGUUCCCGGUUCCUGCAUCUUUGGUGCAUCCUUUGGAACCGCCGUCUUCCAAACAUCCUCGUCGUGUCGUGUCCGAUGAGGCGUUCCUCCAACCGCCACAACGCGUCAUAUCCCACCCCACGAUCCAUCCACAUGGACACAUCUUAGGUGAAGACCGUCAAGGGCAAGCUAGACGUGGACCCAGCGGAGUCUACAGUGUCCCUGACACGCCGAUGGGUGCGCCCGCAAUGUCAUCCCAGGUAGAACCUCGCACGGCCCACGGUUCUCCUUCCCUACACCCCAGCUCCCUGGUUAUCUCUGGACCAUCUCGAGCCUUUAGUGGCCUUGAAAACGUCCAGAACAUCCGUCCCCCACACGGCCGUCAGUUUCAGUACACCUACCUACAAGCUCCUCCUGGCAUGCAAUCACCGCACUUCGUCGCUCCCAUGCCUCGCAUGGCAUCACGUGAGACACCAGUCAUGCAGCAGAUGCAGUUCAACCCUUCGUCUCAGCCGCCAACAGUUCCAAUACAUUUUGCUCCGCCAAUGGAACUGGCUAGGCCGAUGCCACAAGGCACACAGCCUCCUCCACACCGCUUUCCAUCCUCCAAUCUGAGGAAUAUCACCAACGUACGGAACGUGCAUCCGCAUGAGUACAAUGGCACGUUCGAUCCCCGAGGACCGACCUUUCAUCAGGAGCGCGAAAUCACUUACGUGUACAAGGGUAAUGGAGGGUGCGCUUAUGAGGAGAUCUUCAGCAAAGGUCCGCAUCGUAACAGUUUCUCCGCAAAGUCAGCAACUUCCAGGCGUGUCUCGGUGAACGCGGGAGUCCGCCGGGGGUCUUUCGUCAAAGAUAGAUCGGGAUCCCAGAGCACUACUUACACGCGGGAGCUGGAGAACCAGUCUGGACGUGGUCGACGCGACUCCUCAUAUCAGCUUGGUAGCCGUCUCCUUUCUCAAGCAACCGAGCCAUUCCCGACCUUGGAUGAAGCGCCCCCGCAACUGAACGGUGCAGCUGGCCGUGACGGUGGCAAUCGCAUCAACUUUGACGCUCAAGAUCUAUGCGGCACAGACUUCAUUGGCGCCAACCGCGAAGAUGCUGUCGAGCUUUGGAUCCACAACGUUCGGGACGGCGUGACCGAGCGAGAGCUUGCAGAAGCUUUUGAGCAGGUCGCACAGGUUGUUGUGAGCACUAUCUCCUUCAAUCGUGACCGUAAUGAGAAGCUCUAUGCCUUCGCACACAUGCAUAGCAGUGGCGACGCUCGCAAAGGACUUGCGCUUCACGGCUACAAAGUGCGUGGUGCACCCCUGAUAGUGCGAGUCGCGCAGAAGUAUUACGAGGAGGACGGUCGACCACGUGUCUACUCGGGUGUGGAAUACUCUACCUUGGAUCGGUCCCGCCAGGACGCUCGCCGCAUAAGCUUCCUUUCUAGGUCCGAGCUUCACCUACCUCGCUUUGGCCAACGAAUGUCAUCGGGUUCGAAUGCAGACAGGCCUGCCUUCAUGUCUCGUGAGCGUACCGCCACGAUGACUGAGGACAGGCGCCUGUCAAUGGAAUACAUCCUGCCGUCUAAUGCGAGGUUCUCGCCUCAGGAUGCGAGAAGCGACUUGCAAAAUCACAAGAGUCCAGCGAUUUCCACUGGAAGCCCAGAAGCCCGGCUUAGGCAGGGCAAGCCUGCCAAGAUCCCAAAGUCAGCUCGCACCACUCCCAGCCGUUCUCAUAAGAAACAGCAAACCCGUAAAGAGUCCACAGUGAGCGCUGAGAAGACAGCUGAGGACGACACUUCCGCUCUCGUGCCAGAGAACCCGCGCACUCCGGAGCUUCCGUCGGUGCUGCCCGUGCAAGCAGUCACCGAAGAGCAACAAGAUCGCAAUCUUACGAGUGAAACUGACUCAUCCGCGACCAUUGUUGAAGACAAACCCUCCAGAACUUCCAAUCCAAUUCAACCCAAGGCUGUGCCUGACCGCGCUCUGCCGUCGUUGGACGCCGCUGGAGAAACCACCCAAAUCGCUCAGCAAAAUGGAGAUGUCGAGUUGAGCGCCGAAGGGGCUGUGACCGUGGCCGAGUCUAGCAAAACCGCAGCCGGUGCAUUGCAAGGCUUUAUUGAGGACGCAUUGGUAGCAGCCUCGGUUGAACUCUUGACAGCUUCUGCCAUUGCGGAUCAGGUUGCCAACAUCCUGGAAACCGAAGCGGAAGAGAACGCAUCUGUCCGCUCCGCUGCGCAUGAAGACCGCAAAGUGUCGAUUGCUGAAGAGUCACCUGCUCCGUCACCUGCGAAGUCCGCAGACCCGGGUCGUGCAACGCCUAAAGGGACUGGAUCAAUCCACCCUUUUGCGAAAAAGUCUCGUACUACAAGCAAGCAGCAACCGAAGUUAAAGAAAGCUCAGAACAAGACCAAGGGCAAAGAGAAGGCUACCGAUUUGAUCAAGAACGAGUCGGAUCGUACCACGGAGAGCCUUGCUUCUCCUGCAGAAAAAGGGGCCCUGAAUUAUAAGCAAGGCCAUGGAGAACAAGUCGUCCCAGCACACGAGAACAACGAUGCAGGGUCUCCAGAGGAACUGGCUGAUACCAGCGAGUACUUCACGCCGGCUGAGGAGAGCCCUGCACGUAAUGCUGAUGCGGACGAUGGUCAGGCUUUCACACCUGAUCACACGGGAGCUGCCUCAACAUUGAAAAUCCAUACGGACCAUACUGUGCCGGAAUUGUCCAGCAACAUUAUCGACCUAAGCCAUGACGGUGGGGAAGCCAGUCCGGACACAGUGACAGCUGCAGACAAAGCGUCGGUUACAGAGAACACUUCCAUCCCGCGGCCAGCUGCUGUGACCGAUAGCGCGCGGAUUCCCAGUGCAGAUGAACCCGCUUCUCCUAUUCCAGCCCGAAAUGUGCCAGUUCCAUCCGCGGUCACGGACACGCCUCCAGAAACCGCGGCGUCUACUCCCACGCGCAAGCCCAAGAAACAUUCGAAGAAGAAGAAGGCCUCUGUGGCUAUCACGGAACAGGGCGGUUCUGGGGUCAAAGAACAGCCUGUUGGUCUCGGCAUCUCCAGCAGUCAGCCGCCUGCACCAGUGCGAGGCCAGUACAGGAUGGUGGGUGCCAUCGCUCCUGAGAGCUUGUCACUCUUUGCUCCCUUGAUCAGCGUUGCGAGACUUGCGUUUCCUAUGGCAUCACAAGCGGGACCUCAGCCCACCGAUGCUGCUGCUCUUGCUACUGGGGAGGCUCCCGCGAAGCCAAAGAAGAAUAAGCCAAGGAAGAAAAAGAGGAAGACCGCAACGUCAGUAGAGCAGAACAAUAUCGAGCGGAAGGACUCAACGCUGGAGAACUACCCGCCUGCGAAGCAAGCACCACCUUCAACGCCCAAAACCCGCAAAGCCGAACUCGCGCCGAUUCAGAGCCCUCGUCUGAAAAUUGAUGCGGAGACUGCAUUCCAUGAACAACUUGGUGAGGUCGAUAACGCAGUCAAUAGCAUUGGUGUACACCCCAUUGCAUCCCUUCCGCAGAAUGAGGCUGUGGAUGCGUUGGUGAACUACUACCAGCAUUGCGUAGAAACAAUGUCUCCGGAGCGAUGCGCCAAGACUAAAGAAAUCUUGCACCGUGAUUUUAAGCAGAAGGAGACAUGCGUAGACUUGGAAGAGCUGCGCAAGAGGGAUGAGACAAUUCGACUGGCCCAUUUUACUUGGCUGUUAAAGAAGAGUGCUGGAAUUCCUGUUGACCUUGACAAGGGGAAGCGGCGAGCUGUCGAGCUGGACGAGGACUCGCUUGUCGGGCCUGUCUCUGGAGAGGAGAAGCGCGACAAUGUUGUUCGCAGCCCGAGCACUCCCAACGCGGACGAGGCGACCGAUGCUAGCCAAGAACGAGCCGCAGAGGCACGACCUCAGACCCCUCCACAAAUCGCACCCUCGCCGAAACCUUCGACAUCCUCCAGCAACUCCUCGCGCGAACUCCCCGACUCCUCCCACUUCCGCAAUCUGGAGCGCACCGUCGCCGACUCCCGCGAGGAGCUCAUGCUGCUCAAGCUCCCGCCCUGCCCCGCGCCGCUCGCACCCAUCACCGACGCCGAAAGCAAGGACACGACAACCAUCAAGAUGACCUGGGCGCAGGUGACGGCCAAUGCAGACCCCAAGAAGAAUUUUGUUGCCAAUGUGGUGGUGAGGGAUCCGAAGCGUGCGGUUAGGGAUCUGGAGAAGGUGGAGGAGAGCUGGGCGCCGGCCGUGCAGCCCAUGCUUAAGCAGGCGGGGAGGGGCAUGGGCCACAGGGUUGAUGUGGCGAUGCCGAAGAAGAAGGUGACGCCCGUAGAGAAGAAGGAGGAGGCUCCCAGGAAUGAUCCAUUUGAGAAUGGUCCAGCUGGCAAGGGGAGGGAGGAUACAAUGAAGGUGGAUCCGAAGGUGAGGGCGGAAUCUAGACGACGUCACUCGGAGAAGAAGCCUCAGGAGGAAGGAGGGAGUAGGAGGCAGGACUCGCUGGACCCAUCUUCUUCUCUGCCUGACAAAGGGAAGGGAGAGAAGCGUGAUCGGCAACGGCAGCAGCGUCAGGAGGGUGGGCAGAGCAGUAGGGAGGAGUUGGGUGUCUCCGCGGGCCAGGGUGGUGGGGCGAGCGCUGGGAGGAGUACAGAGAAAGGUGGGAAGAAGCAUUGA